UUGAGAGAACAUGCUGAAUACCAUCGUAAAGAACAAUGGCCUGCUGCUGAUGCUGCUGAUAAUGAUGGUCAACAUCUGGCAUCCUUCGCUGGCCGAUGUCUUUGAGGAAUGCAACCAGGCUGGCGGCAAUGAUAUAUUUAUUGCAUCCAACAAAAGCUGCGUUCAUUUCAUCUUUUGCAGUGGCGAGGAUUCCUUUGAAAGUGUAUGUCCGGAGGAGAAUGAUUUCUUCAACGCUCAACUGGCAAUGUGUGAGCCCAUGCAAGAUGUGGAUUGUCGCACCGGAUUGCCGCUGAAUACGCAGCAGCAGCAGCAGACACAGCAGCAGCAGCAGCAGACGCAAGAAACAAUCGUCAGUUCGACGACUGUCAAUGUAAUCAGCGAUACUGUGGCAGAGGUGUUUGCAUUGGAGGUCACAACUCCUGCCAAUUUACCCAAUAGAGUGGUAACCAUUGUGGCCAAUUAUUGUCCAGCCACAGACAACCAAAAUCAAAUUGUGCUGCUGGGCAAUGAUAAAUCCUGCACCGAGUAUUCGAUAUGCUAUCAUGGUAAACCGCUGCCAAUGAAUUGUGCCGCCAACUUGCAUUUUAAUUCCAAAACUGGCAAAUGCGAUAGAGCUGAAGUUGUCAACUGUAUGAGAUCCACGAUUAGCGUACGGGAGCAAUGUAAAUCGCAUACCGUUGACAUCUAUCCGCAUCCAGAUAAUUGCAACUAUUUCUACUAUUGCCGCAAUGGAUUCCUAAUGUUGCAGCAGUGUCCAUUUUUCUACGGCUGGGAUUACGAGAAGCGCUCCUGUGUGGCGAUCAGUCGGGCCAAGUGCUACCGACUGACAUCGACUAUGAAAACUAAUUUAAUCUAAUUUAAUUUAAAUAAAAAUCAUUUUUCAAAAAA